AUGCCCAAACGCAAACACGACUCUGACGAGGAGGAAAGCGCAGUGGAGAGCAAUGCUGGCUCGAGUGGAGACGAAAAGCCCAAGAAGUCUGCCAAAAAGGCAAAGACGACAAAGGCAAAGGCGUCUACGAGUGAGGGAAAGAAGAAAGCGAGCUCUAUGCAGUCACUGAGCGAAACAAAGGAGAUUGAAGGCAUCAAGUACACCGUCGAUGGUGACGAAAAGUGGAUCACCGUUGGGACUAAAGGAACAAGGAGGGUCACCAUACGAGAGUUCAAAGGCAAAACCUAUGUUGACAUUCGGGAGUUCUACGUCGACAAGCAGACAUCCGAGUCCAAACCUGGCAAGAAGGGGAUCUCGUUGACUGUAGAAGAAUGGCAUGACUUGCUUCGCGUGAAAGACGCCAUUACCGCUCUGGCAGGCGGCGCAGAAGAGACUUGA